UCACAUUCGUGAUAAAUAACAACUUCCUGACUGGCAAGCGGAAUACGUUGUGUUGUUUUCAGUUUGAGAAUGAAAUGUUUUAAAUUUAGAAAAAUAUAGUAAAAAUGAGUGCGACUCCACAUAGCAAGAAGCGUGUUUGUUAUUAUUACGAUAGUGACAUUGGCAAUUAUUAUUAUGGACAGGGACAUCCGAUGAAGCCUCAUCGCAUAAGAAUGACACACAAUUUAUUGCUUAAUUAUGGACUGUACAGAAAGAUGGAGAUAUAUCGUCCUCAUAAAGCAACUGCAGAUGAAAUGACAAAGUUCCACAGUGAUGACUAUGUACGUUUCCUACGCAGUAUUCGUCCCGACAAUAUGUCAGAAUACAACAAACAAAUGCAACGAUUCAAUGUAGGCGAGGACUGCCCGGUGUUUGACGGGCUGUACGAGUUCUGCCAGCUGUCGUCCGGCGGUUCGGUGGCGGCUGCUGUAAAACUGAACAAGCAAGCCUCAGAAAUCUGCAUCAACUGGGGGGGCGGGCUCCACCACGCCAAGAAGUCGGAGGCAUCUGGCUUCUGCUACGUCAAUGACAUUGUCCUGGGAAUAUUGGAGCUGCUGAAGUACCACCAGCGGGUGCUGUACAUCGACAUCGAUGUCCAUCACGGAGAUGGUGUUGAGGAGGCAUUCUACACCACGGACAGAGUCAUGACUGUUUCGUUCCAUAAGUACGGGGAGUACUUUCCUGGAACUGGGGAUCUCAGGGACAUUGGAGCAGGAAAGGGUAAAUAUUAUGCAGUAAACAUUCCUCUAAGAGAUGGAAUGGACGACGAGAGUUAUGAGUCAAUAUUUGUUCCUAUCAUUUCAAAAGUAAUGGAGACAUUCCAGCCAAGUGCUGUUGUCCUUCAAUGUGGGGCAGACUCUCUCACCGGUGACAGACUUGGUUGCUUCAACCUCACCGUCAGAGGUCAUGGGAAGUGUGUGGAGUUUGUCAAAAAGUAUGGACUGCCGUUCUUAAUGGUUGGAGGUGGUGGCUAUACCAUUCGAAACGUAUCUCGCUGUUGGACCUAUGAAACAUCUGUGGCACUUGGUGUUGAGAUCGCGAAUGAACUUCCGUACAAUGACUACUUUGAAUAUUUUGGUCCUGAUUUUAAGUUGCACAUCAGUCCGUCAAACAUGGCAAACCAAAAUACUCCUGAGUAUCUGGAAAAAAUAAAAACAAGAUUAUUUGAGAAUUUAAGAAUGCUUCCUCACGCUCCAGGAGUUCAAGUCCAAGCCAUCCCAGAAGAUGCAGUAAAUGAUUCAGAAGACGAGGAUGCAGCCAAUCCUGACGAGAGGCUACCACAGUCAGCCUUGGACAAAAGAAUAGCACCAGACAACGAGUACAGCGACUCUGAAGAUGAGGGAGAGGGUGGCCGAAGAGAUCACAGGUCAUUCAAAGGAAGGAAGCGUCCACGUUUGGACAAGCUGGACACAAAAAGUGAUAAACAUGACCCCGAUGACAAGUUGAAAGGAGAUGAAAUCUCAAAACUGGAUAGCAAAGAUGAUAAAGAUGAGAAGUCAAGUGCUAUGGAUGAUCUGAAGAAAGAGCCCGGACUAAAUCCUUGAUGAUCGAAAAGAACUACCACAUCUUGAAGUUCAGUGAAAAAUUAAUAAUAUAAUUUUGUACAAAGAACUAUUAUUACUUUUUGUGUUUGCAUCAGAAUAUUCUUUGAUGUGAGUUAAUGAGAUACUUUUGGUGUUCCCGGAUUGUAUUUCUAGCAUCAGAGCAUGUUUUCUGAAAGCAUAGAUAGAUAAGCAUAUUUUUUGUAUGGAAAAUACUGUAUAGGAUCUAAAGCAUUUUGGUACCUACAGUAUAUGUUUUUAUUUUGCGGUAUAGUAGUUGGCAUUUUAAUGUUAAAUGUUGAAUGUUUGAAUUUACUGAGGAUGUGUUGUAAUGUGGAACUACAUAUUAAUUUUUACUUGAGCGUGAAUUAAAAUGUCAUAUGUGAGAUAUGUAAUCCAAACUUUUAAGCUUUGCAAGUAGUAUUGAUUGUACCAGAAUUUAAUUUGAAAUUGCUUAGCAAUGAAGCUAUCAGGCAAGUUGAAUGCAUGGACAGCAGAUUUUAAGUGCUGAAUUUAAGUGUAAAGUUUUGACAGUGCACAUAACAUACAGAUGUAUGGGUAGAAAACUAUAUUUAAAAGAGAGCUUAGUUUGGUAAAGUUCUUGCAGAAAUCACAACUUUAUUAGUGUUUUUUUAAUUUAUUUCUGUAGUCAGUAGUGUAUUAUUGUAUUGUGUGUAGUAAUAAUGAUCUUAAAGAGUUUUUUAUACAUUUUCAUGGUGUGAAACAUAUGGUGGCAAAUGUGUCAGAUGUUAGGUUUAACCAAGCAAUAAUUGACAUUGAUUCUGAUAAUUGCAUUAAAUGUUUUCUUCAUUCUUUUCUUUUUGUUGUAUGGUAUAAAGUUUACAUCAUCCAAUUAAAUGUUGUAUAAAAUUUA